AUGUCUUUUGAUGAAAGUGAUCAUAAUCAAAGCUCCUCUUCUUUCAUUUCAGCAUCCGAUGUACUAAGUAAUGACGACAGUUUUGAGAGCAUUCCUCCAUUAAAAGAUACUCUUGACUCCCAUUUUUUUAAAGCUCUAAGAAACUUCAAUAUAGUUCACAUAAAUGCACAGAGUAUUCCGGCUCAUUAUCCUGAUAUGUUAGCUAGCUUUGUAAGUGAUAAUGUUCAUGCAAUUCUUGUUUCGGAGUCAUGGUUAAAGCCAUGUCUUCCAUCCAUAUCCUAUUCCAUUCCAGGAUUCCAGUUAAUACGCAACGACCGAACUGCACGGGGUGGUGGUGGUGUUGCCAUUUACCUUCGUGCGCAUAUACCUAUUUCCAUUGUUCGUUUAUCAUCUCAAUUUCCAGCUGAGAACGAAGCGGAAUACUUAUUUAUUGAAGUGCUUCUUUCGCACAACAAAUUACUUAUCGGAGUUUUUUAUAGUCCUUCUUCCACAGUUGACUAUUUUACCACAUUGGAUAACCUUCUUGAAGAGCUAACUCCAUUAUAUAAACAUACAGUGCUAAUGGGCGAUUUUAAUACUUGCCUUCUUAAGAAUGACGCCCGAUCUCUUCGUCUUAAGUCCCUUAUAGAAGCAGCCAAUUUAAAUAUCCUUCCUCUUUCUGAAACUCAUUUUUUUCCUAACUGUGUUCCAUCCCUCCUUGAUUUGGUUAUCGUUUCUUCUCUCGACCAUGUUGAUAAAUUUGGUCAAUGUGCUGCCAACGCCUUUUCCUAUCAUGACCUCCUGUUUCUAUCUUAUAAAAUAAGACCACCGAAAGCCAAAUCAAGGAUACUUCUGCAGCGUAAUUUUGAGGAAAUGGAUUUGGAAAAGCUACAAAAAGAUGCUGCUAACAUGGACUGGAGUGUUAUAACUAAGGCUUGCUCAGUGGACGAACAGGUAGCAUUGUUUAAUUCAUUUCUUGUUCAGCUCUAUGAUAUACAUGCUCCUGUCCGCCCAGUGCGAAUACGCCAUCCUCCAGCCCCAUGGUUGACUGAAGAUCUUAAAAGAUUGAUAGUUAGGAAGAAUAACGCAAAGUCGAGUUACAGGUCAGAUCCAAAGAAUGACAGGAUUCGGGAAAAGUACAGACUCCUGCGGAAUCAAUGCAACAAGUUGUGUAGAGAUUUACGACGCCGCCAUAUCCAUAAAUCAGUACAAAACGAAGAUCCAUGUCGUGUUUGGAACUUUUUAAGGUCCAUAGGAGUUGAGAAAACACGUUCAUGCCCUAUAUCAAAUAACGUCGAUUUAAAUUUGCUUAAUAAGCAUUUUUCUUCUGUUUCUUGCUUGGAUAAUAUGGCAAAAUCAACAACACUUACUCAACUUUCAUCGUUUCCCACUCCUGACUUUUCCCCAUUCGUAUUUAGGCAAUUUGCAGAUUGUGAUGUUAGGAAACACAUUCUCUCUAUCCAUUCUGACGCUGUCGGAUGUGAUGACGUCAGUCGUAAAAUGAUCAUUCCCUUGUUAGAUUUUUUAACACCUAUUAUAACCUUUAUCUUAAACUUUUCCAUAUCCUCAUCUUCUUUCCCUAACCAAUGGAAGGAUGCCCAAAUCAUACUUAUACCCAAAAAAGCAAAUCCUUCAAGUUUUUCUGAAUAUCGUCCUAUUUCGAUUCUUCCUUUCCUUUCCAAAGUCUUAGAACGACUAGUGCAACAACAAAUUAAUUCCUUUUGUUUAAGAAAUAACAUCCUCAACCCUUUCCAAUCUGGCUUUAGAUCUGGUCAUAGUACGACUACGGCGCUAUUGAAAAUCACGGACGACAUUCGCCACGGUAUGGAAAAUCAUCAAGUCACAUUAUUGGUGUUGCUGGAUUUUAGCAAUGCCUUUAAUACUGUUGAUCAUGACAUCCUGUUAGGGAUUCUGCGUUCUCUUAACAUAUCUCCAACUGCAAUUACCUGGUUUCAUAGUUAUUUGUAUGGGCGCCGGCAACGUAUUCGUGUCCACGAUAGACUUUCUUCGUGGCUUGAUACAGUAGCUGGCGUUCCACAAGGUGGCGUCUUAUCUCCUCUUUUAUUCGCAAUCUUUAUUAAUACGAUUACAUCCCAAAUAUCUUCUCUCUACCACUUGUAUGCAGAUGAUCUCCAAAUAUACUUACAAACAACCAUUGAAGAUCUUCCCAAAGCAGUGGAAUGUAUCAAUAAGGAUCUGACAUGUAUUCUCGACUGGAGUCUUUCUUAUGGGUUAACAGUGAACCCUUUAAAAUCCCAAGCCAUAAUCAUUGGGAGUCCAAGAAUGAUUUGCAAAAUAAAAAAAUGUCAACUACAACACGUUGUAUAUUUCGGAGUAAUUAGGGAGUUCCCAUCCCUUAUAAUGACGUUGUUAAAAUUUAGGUAUCCUCUUGGAUUCAAGUCUUUCUUGGGCACCCCAAAUUAA